CUCUGCGCCAGUGACGUCAGCAAAUGUCUCAUCCAGGAGCUGUGCCAGUGUCGUCCGUCUGAUGGGAACUGCUCCUGCUGUAAAGAGUGCAUGCUGUGUCUGGGGAAUCUUUGGGAGGAGUGCUGCGACUGCGUGGGGAUGUGUAACCCAAAGAACUACAGCGACACUCCAGCCACGUCCAAGAGCACCGUGGAGGAGCUGCAAAAUCCCAUCCCCUCGCUGUUCCGCGCCCUCACGGAAGGCGACGUGCAGAUCAACAUGAUGGUCGUGUCCUUCCCCGUCUCAGAGGAGCUGUCGCAUCACGAGAACCUGGUUUCAUUCCUGGAGAUGCUCAACAGCCAGCACGAGAACGUGACCGUGCCUGGCAACAGCAUCCACGGCAGCCUCGACAGUCAAGAGAGCAUGUGCACUGUGGUCUACUUUGACGACUGCGUGUCCAUUCGUCAGUGUAAACUAUACUGUGAGUCAAUGGGAGGAUCCAAGUACCGCUGGUUUCACAACGCCUGCUGCCAGUGCAUCGGACCGGAGUGCCUGGAUUACGGCAGCAAGCUUGUGAAGUGCAUGAACUGUCUCUUCUGAAGUGCGGGCACAUAUUGGUACCAAAUGCUUGCCCCAUACCGCAGGACUGGGGACAGAGGAAACUAUGACUGUUAUGUGCUAGCAUUCCUCAGUUACCUUGUAAAAUGCCCCCUGCAGCCCUCCUCCUACCCCUGCAAACUUUUAUUCUGCUGUUUUUGUUUCACUGUAUAUUUUUAGAUGUUUUUUUAUAGCAUUUUCUUUUCUUUUCUUUUUUUUUUUUUACUAGAGUUGUAUAUGAAUAAUGUAUUUUUACAAUUAUGGUCCGCUAAAUCCCAGUCUCAUGCCAAAUAAAGAUACGUUUUGGUGACUGUU